CAAAUACACGAAGCAGAUUUUGACGUUUGUGACAUUUCACCUCUGACGAAGAGUCGGUUGGAUCGGAAAGAAAACGCCGCUUCAGACAGACUGAUUGAUCGAUACAGCAUUGGUUACGAAUCGGACUCGGCUGAAGAUUUGUAAACAAUGGUUCAGAAAAACGGCAAGUGUGGUCUGAAUAACGGCGCCACCAUGAAGUUCGGCGAAACGAACUACCUGAUGAAGCGACAAACCUCAGGAUUCUUCAUCCGUAAGUUGUUUAACGGAGGGCAGGGUUUGGAAUCGGAUUACGAACUGACGUCCAAAGGCGACGUCAAUAUCGCGAACUCAUCCCCUGUGUGCUGGGAGCUAGAGUCCCUACGUGACGUCGAAGACGCCGGAGGCGCCGGCAUUCCAGUGCAGCUGGCCAACGACCGGGGCCUCGUCUACGUAUCUCUGAACAAGCACAAACGUUGGGACCUUCUGGAGAAGUUAAAGGAUCAUAUGCAGUUUAGGAGGAUGUUUGAAGAGAAGUUGAACAGCAUCAACAGCCCUGUACUGGGAAUUACACUGGUGGAGAAAUAUGGGGACUACCUUCACGGUCAUUUGUCUUCCAAGGACGCUUGCAGCUGUAUAAGCUACGAAUCGGACGUGGCUUGGAAUGCUCUUCCAAUCGAGUCGAGGAGAAAGGCAUCUUUCCCGUGGGAAUUGCGCGAUAAAUCCAAGCAGAUGAGUCCGGACUCUGAAGAAAUGUUCAAAGCCCCAAAAAAGUCUGCUUCUCAUAAUCAGCAUUAUAGAGGAGUACAACGACAUCACUCAGCCGAUAGAAAAUUACUGUCCCAAAGCUCCAAGAAGGAGAAAACACCAACGAAACCUUUAAGAAAUUUACAAAGUAACCUUGGAUUUCAAGAUGGUGGCCCAGAAGUCUUAUACGAAGUAACUUACCCCAGACCUCUAGACGCCUCUUCCGGUUGCCAAGAUCUGAAAGUACGACGCUGGAACUGGUGCUUCCGUGAUAAGAAGUCAAAAUCAAAGUGCAAAGGUCAGAAGAUUUCAAGAAGGGCAGAUAACUAUUGUAUGACUCAGAAAGAGCUUCAAGACUUGAACGGUGACGUUGACCUCGGCCUUUACCUGUACUUGAGCGGCCGGCAAGAGCCAGAGGAAUUUGAACCGGUCAUGUUGGGAGAUCACAUGGACGAGCAAAAACUCUGCCAGCUGGAGGAGACGUCACGCUGUGUGGCAGAAGUUUCUCGCGAGGUUCCUCAUGAAGAGCCCAAAGCCGCCUGUGAUGGAGAUCAUUGUCUUACCUACAGGGACCCCGAGUGUCCAUGGGGGACCCCCUUUGAAUUGUCCAUGAUUAAAGUGGACGGAGACGCGCUGUUCGAAGAUGAAUUUGAAUUUCUAGAAACGCCAAAUGAAGACUUACCCGGUGAUGACUUUGAAGUGGUCGAAGAAAGGGGUCAAAGCGAACCUCUGGAAUCUCCAGAUGGAAUGUUGCUGGUUCAAAAAGAGGAUGCCGGCUUCAUUCACGUCGACUCAACAAGCAUUAUCAACAGUCCAAGACAAACUGUAACGCUAGCAGAUUAUUUAAAACCACCCCACUCAAAACGGUCUAGUAAAGAAAUUAAAAAUAAGAGAGCCAGCAAAAAGAAGAGUUGAUGCUUUUUCAACCUAGGUAAUGCAUUUUCUACUGUUUGUCCAUAAAUAUUUCAGGAAUUCAGGUCUAAGUAGUUUUACAGUUUUACAGAAUUAGUGGUCAGUUAAAUGCUCAUCGCUGGGUAAUGAAUAAAAGUGACUAUAUUACAGCUGCCUAAGACUAGGUUUGGUCGGCAGCUUAAGAGGAUCGGAAUCCACGACAUAAAAGUUGUGUUUGUUGAGAGGCCAUCUUCUUCACACUUUUUGCUGUUUUGAUAACUUAGUGACAUGAAGUGAAACGAAGCGUUUAGGUUUGCCUGGAAAUAUUCGUGGGGAAACAGUGGCAUUGAAAGGAAAAAAUGUUCACUUGGAUGAAAUCACGGAAAACGGACUGUGGCGAUUUGGAUUUGAUGUACUAAGAACUCUGCGAAACAAUAUCUCUUGUCCAUUCUAGAAAUGCGGCAAAUAGAUCAUUGUUCAUGCGAGUGAGGUGUUCGUUUAUAAAGAAACUGAAAAAAAAAUCCCUGAAAAAAAAAUAACGUAGCUGAUUUUAAAUUUGAGCGUCUGAUGGAGAAGCUGUAUAACUCCGGAUGUUUAGUCAAAUUGUAUUUUACGGCUGAUACUUAUCUUCACAUAUGUCUUAUUCCCAGAACUGCGUUGUUUUUAGUAACUUAUUUAACUUUUAACUAUCUUUGGGUGUCAUUUCCAGUGUAUUGUCGAACAGCUGGAUCCUUCUCAAAUAAAGCAGAUUGUUUUUGU